GAGUGACGUCACCGARUGAAACGCUAUUAGCGCGUACCACCACUAACUAGCUAGCCCUUUCACAUCGGUUACAUUAGCAUGUUCUGAACACCAGUGUAACCGUAACUGGGUAGGGUGAAAGUAUACUGUAGUUCGUCAACUGGAGGCACACAGRUUAUGGAUCAGCGCAGAACUGCUGCUGCCUGUUACCAGGGGGGUGAGAAGAGACGGUGUAGAGUGUGUGUUGGGGAGGGAUGGAGGAGUUUCCAGUGAGGACGYUGGAAGGGCUGUGUCUAGGCACCAGCUUGGCUAUAUCUGGCUUCUUCUACUACAUCUACAGGAAAAAGAGGAAAACAGUGGACAAGCUCAAUGAUGCGCCYCAGUUGACUUUGGAUGGGAAACUGGCAGGCCUUUUGAACGAGACACCGGGAAAGUGUCUGCAGUAUGUUGUCAUUGAAGGGGCAGUGCAGCCUCUGGGGGAGCCUUUGAGGAGUCAGUUCCAGGAAGGCAGUGUGGGGGUGGUGCAGAAACUCAUGCUGAGGGAACACAAGCUGGUGUGGAAUAGCCUGUCUCGUACCUGGAUGGACAGUGAGCGUGUGCUGCACCAGAGGGUGAACGCGGUGCCCUUCAGCCUGGUCGGGUCGGACCAGGCCAACGUGAGGGUGCUGUGUCCCCUGGAGGCCUCGGGGCUGGAGAUGGAGAUCAUCCAUGAGAAGUUCCACCAGGCCACCUAUGGUUUCACCGACAUCAUCGGGCAGUACCUCAGUGGAGAGAAGCCCAAAGGCCAACUGGAGACUGAGGAGAUGCUCAAGGUUGGCGCUACUCUGACGGGUGUAGGCGAGCUCAUCCUGGACACGGACCGGGUGCUGAAGCUCCGCCCYCCCACCGACGGCUCAGAGUACUUCCUCACCACCGCAGACUUUGAGACCCUGCGGCUGGAGCAGGAGGGCCAAGCGGUGGUCUGGCAGGUCCUGGCCUCUGUGUUCGCCCUGGCCGGGUGUGCCAUCCUCUUCUGGUUGGGCCACCGCUACUACCGCAGCCUGAGGGUCCGCUGGGACCAGGAACGGCUGAGAAGGGAGUUUGAGAGGUUGGCUGCUGGUGGGACGGGGGAAGGGUCUACGGCCGGGGAUACACAAGAGGGGUCUGGGGAGCAGGAGACACCCUUGGGAAACGCCUGUGUGAUCUGCCUGACCCAGCCGCGUAGCUGUGUGCUGCUGGAGUGUGGGCACGUGUGCUGCUGCUACAGCUGCUACCAGGCCUUGCCCAAGCCCACCUGCCCCAUAUGCCGGCAGGCCAUCAAGAGGGUGGUGCCCCUCUACCAGGCCUGAUGCCCAGCCUGGGAGAAGAACAGAUAUGUGUUCUCAUGGUUGGUCUAUGUAUGUAUCUUCUGGGGUGUUGUUACCUGUACUCCUAGAAAGAUGAGGUCCAGGUGAUAGAAUGGAGACAUUUUAUAAUUGACAUUUUGGCUGGCUGUAAAACCUUGAAGAUACGUCUCCACAUAGAGGCAGGAGGAAAGAGCACCAGAAGGACCGAACUCCACUGUGAUGAUAACAACAGUCACCCUGAAAAUACAGCUUUGGAGAGCCGAGGAGAGGCCUAAGCUAGCAAGACAGAGCAGGACGUGCACACACCAGUCCUUAAACCCCUCACAAUGUCAGAGAGAGAGACCAACUCUUGAUAGACCAGGCAAACCAUCGCUGUACUUAUUACACUGUAAUAAUUACCUGUGGUUCUUGGCAUUCUCAACACAAAUAGGCUAGGUGCAGCUACUGUAUUAACAAAAUGUGAAUCAGGUUUGUGAACAUUUUGAAGCACUUAAAUGCAUAUGUAUUAUGAAGCUAACAGCUGUUGAUUUUMGUUUUGAAUAGUAAAUACAUGUUUAUAUACUGAACAAAAAUAUAAAUAUACAGAUUUUUACUGAGUUACAGUUCAUAUGUAAAUCAAUUCAUUAGGCCCUAAUCUAUGGAUUUCACAUGGCUCGCAGCCAUGGGUGGGCCUGGAAAUACUCACUUGGGAGCCAGCCCAUCAGAAUUACCCCCCCCCCAACACACACACACACAAAAUGGCUUUAUUACAGACAUAUUCCUCAGCACACCCCCAGACG